AUAUAUAAUAAUAAUACCAAAUCAACUCUGCAAGUGUUAUUCAAAAAUCAAUUUAAAAAGCAAAUCAAAAAAACCAAAACACAAUUUGGCAAAGGAAAUUGUGUUUUGCUUGAUUAAGUGCAAGUGAGAUCUACGCUUGGAAUAUUUUCAUCUUUACACCGUUCUCUAGCCAGAGUAAAGCCGUCAAACUGUGGGGUUCCGGGGCAUUUUUCCUUCCUCCCCAAGGAAUGUAUUAUCCGCACAUGGUGCAGGCUAGCGUAGCGCCAUAUCCAGGCGCUCCGACUGGCUAUCCACCAUCGGCGGGUCAAGUUCAGGCAACAACAGAUGGCCUACCGCUCUCUGUGAGUUCGAUUAAGAUAGAGCCUUUGGCACAAAUGAAAAACGACGGUGCAACAGUUGCUGCCGCCGCAGCAGCUGCCGCUACAAACACAGGUGCCAACAACACAAAUUCCGCUGCCACAACAGCUGCUGCCGCUCAAAUGUAUAUGCAACAGAAAAAGACAUCAGUAUUGGUAAAAACCGAAAAUGAUGCCAUCACACAGUCUGCCACCAGCAAUGCUGGUGGUGGCAUUGUAACCUCAUCUACAACAUUGUCCGCAGCUUCCACCGUUUCGAAUAAUGCAGCUGCUGUGGCAGCCGCAGCAAAUGCUGCAAUGGCUGCAGCUGCUGUAUCCUCAAGCCAAAGUCAAGCCAUUAAUGGCUCUAGCACCGCAAACAACAGCAACACAUCAGCUACCGCAGGCGGUAGUGUUGCAGAUGCCACCAAUAACAGCAACAGCAGCAACACUAACAACAUUAACAAUAGCAACAGCACAACGAAUGGCUUAAAUUCGGCAGUAUCGCCCAGCAGCGAUUUACAGCUUACAAACACACACCAGCAGCAGCAGCAGCAACAACAACAACAGCAGCAGCAACAACAACAACAGCAACAGAGCUACAUAGCAAUAAGUCAACAACAGCAACAGCAGCAGCAGCAACAGCAACAAAUGCUUACAUCGGCUGGGCCCACAGCAAUAGCUGCCACAUCUGUCACAGCCACAUCGGCUGCCACUGGGCUUUUGCCAGCUGUCAUGUCAACUCCCAGUGGUGCAGGCUUAGUUCACAAUCAAUCCUUAAUGUCCUCCCUGGUGGGCACUGGUACUGCCAGCGGUGGCCUACCCUCUUCCAGCACAGCCCAGGUUAUAGCGAAUUUAAAUGCUGCGGCAGCAGCUGUAGCUGCCAUGCCAAAUGCAUCAACUGCCGGCACAAGUCUAUCAUCAGCUCUAGUCCCCUACCAACAGCAUCAGCAUAAUACCACCGUAACCUCUGUGGCACCUCAAACCUCUUCCGCACUGACGACAACCGCCACCGAUGCCAAGAGCACACCGAAACGUUUGCAUGUCUCGAAUAUACCAUUUCGCUUUCGCGAUCCGGAUCUAAGAGCCAUGUUUGGGCAAUUUGGCGCUAUCUUGGAUGUGGAAAUUAUAUUCAAUGAACGUGGCAGUAAGGGAUUUGGCUUUGUAACAUUCGCAAAUAGCACCGAUGCGGAAAGAGCACGUGAACGUCUACAUGGUACAGUGGUUGAGGGACGAAAAAUUGAGGUCAAUAAUGCAACAGCCCGUGUUCAAACCAAAAAAGUUACCACAGUUCCCAAUGUCGUACUGACAAAAGACGGUGCCAUACCGGCUCCAGCUCUAGUUUGUGUACAAUGGCCAGAAGCUGCUGUAGCCGCUGCUGCUAUGCGCGGUGUGGCCAUACAACGAGGACAUGUCGGCAUGGUUGGGGCUCCCUUCAAUCCAGCUUUGGCUGCGGCAGUUGCCGCCCAACAACAGCAACAGCGUCAAGCGGCUGCUGUUGCAGUUGCAGCUGCGCAACAACAGCACUUGGGUCUCCAGCAAGCUUUACAGCAAGCCCACCAGCAGGCCCACCAACAGCCCCACCAACAGCAGCAGGUGGCUGCUAAUGCUGCGGCAGCUGCUAAUGCCGCCACCGCCGCUGCCAUCAUGCAGCCCAGUGCCCAACAACAAUUGCAAACAUUGGCCGCCCAAACGGCCUCAGCCGCCGCCGCACCCAGUGCUGCCCAACAAUCAGCCAUGGCCGCCUAUGCUGCACGUUUAGGUAGUGCUCAGCAAACAACACCGCAACAACAACAAAACGCUGCUGCCGCAUCUAUGGCUGCAGCUGCGAAUGCAGCCGCUGCCGCCAAUGCCGCAGCAGCUGGUACCACAUUGCAUGGAUAUGCACCUGUAUACUUUGAUCCAUACCUAGCAGCCGCUGCAGCUUCCGCUGAUCCCAAUUUACGUUUUCAGGCAGCCAAACCGGUCAACGAAGUUCCAGCAGCACAGCCCGCAGCAAUUCUAAAUCGCCGCACUGUGACAACGCUAAACAGUAACCACCCACAUACGAUCAACCGCAUACCGGUACCACAGAAUGUUUUGGCUGCUGCUCCUCUGUUAAAGACACCUUUGUCUCAGGCUCAACAAGCAUAUGCAACGGCCGCCGCAACCACCUAUACAGCUGUGGCCACUAGAGCAGCUUAUGGAGCAGCUGCUGCUGCUGCAGCCCAACCGGCUUUGGCUGGUUAUGCCACCGUUGCGGGUUACGCCCGUGAAUAUGCAGAUCCUUACCUAGGACAUGGCAUUGGACCUGUACCCGGAUAUGGGGCAACAAUGUAUCGCGGAGGAUUCAAUCGCUUUACGCCCUAUUAAUUUCAAUAAAGUCUUAAUUGAAAUAUCCCACGAAAUGCUCAUCUGAUAUUAUUGGUUGAAAACAAUAUGUUGAAAAAAAUAUUAUUAAUAAUAGUAAUUAAAUCAUCGUAAUAUAAAAUGCUCAAAAGAACUUUGUUCGCACAAAAAAAAAACAAAACAAAACAAACCGCCAACACACCAGCAAACCCCUAAAUCGCACAAAAUGUGAAAACGGAAAGGCCUAUUGAAGAAAGCAAACGAAGGUUUUCCCCAACAACAUGAAGAAAAUCUAAAAUCAUCACACAAAGGACAUCCGAAGAAAGUUUAAACAAGACCACUUCAAGUGUAAAGUGUGAAAGUAGAACACAAUUGCGAUUAAAAUAAUAACAACUACAAAAAGAAAAGCAAAACAGCAAGACACUCACUCAGACACAAAAUUUAUAUAUAUAUAUAUAUCUACAUAUAUAUACAUAUUUAGAUUAUAAUAAGAAUCAAAGUGAAAAAAAACCGAGAGUAGUUUUGUUCCAAUUCAAUGUCGUCCAGCAAAUACAGUUUACAAAAAUUUUUGUAGAAUUAAAAAAGAAGAAAAACAGAAAACAAAACAAAUUAAAUUAAUUAAGCAAUCUUAAAUAUUUAAAGAUUUAUACCAAAAAAUCCAAAAACCAUAAUAAUAAUAGAACACACAAACAAUAGGGCUUCUAUUUUGAUGAAACGUAGUCUAUGUUUCUUUUGAACACACACACACCACACAACAAAACUGUGAACAGUAGAGAAAGCAAAAGAAAAAAAAACAACAACAAUAGUAGUUUUGUUUUUUAACCACCACCAUUUAUUUCGUGCAGUGUAGUUUAUUAUGGUUUUUAAAGAAAAAUGCAGAGCUUAAACACAUAUAUAUAUAUAAAUAUUUAUUUUAAGAAACAUAUUGAUAAUUAUUAUUGAAGCCUAAGAACAAGUCAAUCAGUAAAGUCCAGUAAAAAUUUUAAUUAACGCUUUGGCAAAGUAAACUCUUUUUAAAAUUUUAUUUUUUUUUUAGAUUUUUUUUUGUGUUAUACAAAAUGGCAGCCCAUGUUUAUGUUAAGCUUUUUUCAUAUCAGGUUUAUACCAACGAUUAUUAAUUUUAGUGUUUAUUUUACAUUUCAUUUCUCUUAUCAACGAAUUUUUUUUCUCAAUGGCUUUUUGCCUAGUAAUUUUUCUUCAUUUUAAGGGGUUUAAUUUAAAAAAAAAUAGUUUUUUGUGUGUUUCUUUUUUAAUAACAUGAUUGGCUUCUAUUUUAUAAAUAUAUAUAUAUAUAAUUUUUUUUAUGUAAGUCCAAUGUUUUCAGCAAAAAUUCCUUAAGACAAAAAAAACCAAAUCUUCCAUGCAGAUAUCUGCUGCAAAUCUAAGAUUUUAUUUCACUGCUUAUUUAAUUAUAACUAAAACUAUAAUUUCCUUAAAAAAAAACAUAAAAGAUUAAAUACUCAAUAAGUACACAAAAAUACUCAAGCUAGAGCUACUAUUUUACAAAAAAAAAAAGAAAACUAAAUUGAGAAAAAAAUCAACAAAAAUACUCGUUUUAAAAUUAAAUUUUAUUUACUCUCCUUUAGUUAAAGAACGAAAUAUUACACAUCCAUAUGCAGAGCACACAAAAAAAGUGCUCUUCUUUAGUUAAAGAACAAAAUAUUACACAUCCAUAUGCAGAGCACACAAAAAAUGUUUGUGGUUUCCUGUAAGAAACUUAUAACGGGAAUCUUCUAUACAGUUCCAUAAUGAUUGUCUUCAAAUGAAGGUUCGAAAUACUAGACUGUAUUAUAUGAGCCAAUGGUUAUCCAUUCAGAACUUCAUAUUGCCAAUCAGGUAUAGAAAAACAAAUUUUGCACAAAAUUUCCAAAAAAAAAAAGAUACAGUGGCUUGAUUGAACCUAAGAACUAUUGAAAUAGGAAGUAUGAAUAUCAAUAUUAAUGUCAUUUAAACUUGGAUGAUAUCGAUGGGUUCAUAAAGAGUGGAGAUGCUUUGAAUAUGAACAGAGCCUCAAAAUCUUGUUGACUGACAAAAUUUUUAAUUUUUUACCUCAUAAUCUUCAGAAUUCGCGUGGGCUCAAGUCGGAAAAGAUACUGAACAAAUUUGUGUUAUUCUUCUUAAUAUGUUAUGUCUAUGUCAUAGCGAAUGGUUGGACAGCGGUUAAAAAAAUAUUAACUUGGGCUCAAGUCGGAAAAGAUACAGAACAAAUUUGUGUUAUUCUCCUUAAUAUGUUUUGUCCAUUUCAUAGCGAAUGGUUGGACAGCGGUUAAAAAAAAAUUAAUUUGGGCUCAAGUCCGAGAAAAUGUUGAACCUAUUUUGUUCUUCUCCUUAAUAUGUUUUAUCUGUUUCAUAGCGAAUGGUUUAUGUGGGCUCUAGUCGGAGAAGAUGCUGAACCAAUUUUUGUUAUUCUUCUUAAUAUGUUUUUGCUACUUCAGAGCGAAUAGUUGGGCAGCGGUAAAAAAAAGGUUAAUGUAUUCGCAUCAGAAUUGGUAAGCAAAGGCACAGUCUUAAAAAAAUUCAUAUUCAUUGUUACUUUAUUUGUGCUUUAGAGCUUCUGUUGCUAUAGAUAUUUGUAAGUCCUUCUCAAGGAUCUCAUGAUGCAUCAGACUUUUCCAGUCGCAUUGAAGGCAAUUACUUAUUUAGUCUCCCAGGUGAAUACCCACUUCCUUCUGUGCUUUAUAUUAACUUUAUAUUCUCAUCUCUGGUAAAAAAUUUAUAGAAAAAUCUUCUAUAUAUAUAAAAAUCUACUGAGCACAGCCCAUAUUUUCUGCCAGAAGAACCUUCUUUUUAAAAUCUUUCCCAAGUUUAUGUUUAUCGAAUUCAAAUGGCCCAGAACAAAUCCUUAAAAUCUUUUUGAUAGAAAAUGCUUAUUUCAACACAAAGGCAUAUAUUUUAAGUUAGAUUUCUGAUUUUCAUUGAAUUUUAAAGCUUUUCAUGUAAACCUUCGAUCAAUCUUUUCCUCAAAAAUUCACCAAUGAAAACAUUAAAAUCCCAAUUAUUUGCACGUACAUUUCUUUACUACUGAUAUUGUAUUGUAUUAAAAGCCAUAACACAGAAUAUACCCCUAUUUACUACUCAUUUGAGAUUGGUUUGAGAAGCAGAUACAUUUUCUUUCAGUAAAAAUCCAUUAAACAAAUUUCGCGAAUUUCUUGGUCCUUGAUCAUACUUUUCAAAUAAAAUUUCUGUACUACACAAAGGCAUAUAUUUUAAGUUAGAUUUCUGAUUUUCAUUGAAUUUUAAAGCUUUUCAUGUAAACCUUCGAUCAAUCUUUUCCUCAAAAAUUCACCAAUGAAAACAUUAAAAUCCCAAUUAUUUGCACGUACAUUUCUUUACUACUGAUAUUGUAUUGUAUUAAAAGCCAUAACACAGAAUAUACCCCUAUUUACUACUCAUUUGAGAUUGGUUUGAGAAGCAGAUACAUUUUCUUUCAGUAAAAAUCCAUUAAACAAAUUUCGCGAAUUUCUUGGUCCUUGAUCAUACUUUUCAAAUAAAAUUUCUGUACUAUUCCAAUACAUAUGCCAAAAAGCCAAAACAGAGAACACACCACUAUGUAUUACUUAUAUGUGUUAAAAAGCCUUUAGAAGUUGUUUGGAGAGGUAGAUAUUUUUUUGGCUUAACCGAUUGCCAGAGGUUCUAAAUUAUCUACCAUCCGACUAUGUUCUAUAUUUUCUCCCAAUUAUACCGACUGAAAUGUCAUAGCGCUAAAAAAUCAUUCAUUGCAUACGAAAAGCCAUAACAGGAAACAUACUGGUUUAUUCUACGCAUAUAGAUUUGAAGAUGUAUAAGAGGUUUGUUUAGGGAAUAUGUGACGCAUUCUUUCCACUUCCACCAAUCGAUUAUAAAAUGUUCUCAUUUGGUAUACAAAAAGUCUCAAUAUGCAUAUAGAAAGUCAUGACAUGGAUGAUACUCUUCAUAAAUUUUGUAAAGCACAAAAAAAAAAAAAAAACAUUGCGAUUUUGUAUAUGAAAAGUCAUAAUAUGGAAUAUAUAACUAUGCGCUCCUCCCUGUUUAUUUGAAAGUUCACUAGAAAUUGAUUUGAGAUAUUGAUAAAAUGUUGAAGUUCCAUAUAAAAAGUCUUAACAAGGAACCCGCCCUGCUAACCUACUCACAUGCUUUUGAAAGAACAUCAAAGUUUGCCUUAAGGUAUAAAGAAUUUGUAUUUCACCCAAAACCGAUUGAAUGCAAGAGAUUCUCAUUUCAAAUAUGAAUAGUCACAACAUGAUGUAACCCACUAUGCACUACUCAUACAUAUAUGUUUGAAAUUACAUAGAAGGUGGAUAUGAAAACUGCAUUUUUUUAUUUAGUUGAAAACAAUUUCUUUGAGGUCUCAUGUCCAAUAAACUUUAUUCUUGUAUUAACUCGAACAAUUCCAUAAAUCAACUUCAGACCCAAAAACACAUAUUCUUUAUACUUUGCUCAACUUCAUUGUAUUACGUUUUCAUAUUCAAUUAGAACAAUUUAGUCUUAAAUGGUUCCUUUGGCAGUAUUUGGAAUUAUGCUCUGGAGUCUAUUAAACUUUAGAAGUCGAUUCCAUGCACAUCAAAUCAACGUAAGACUCCUUGAAAUAACUUAAAACUCUCACGGUCGGAUUCAUAGUCUACAGUUCGAUUUUACAACUGUUAAAACACGAAUUAUAGUCAAGAAAUCAAAUUUGUACCCAAUAUUUUGACUUCCUUCUCAUAAAGCCAAUUGCCUAUAUCGAUUUCAUGGAUCGAUAUUAUAAUCUGUAAGUCGAAUCAUACUUUAGAAGUCAAAAUCAUACUCAGUAUAAUUCAAUAAGCCUUUUUCAUACUGCAUAUAUUAAUCUAAUCCUAGAUGGCCUCAUUUCACAUCGAAAUCCCCAAGUUAAAACUCUAGAAGUUAACUCCGAUCGAUUUCAUAUUCACAAAAUCAUUUUCGUACUGUACUACGAAUCAGCUAUAUAUUCAACUUCAACUCAAUAACUUCGGCUUUAUAUUAAAUAUACCAAUACUCCAUACCGAAAAUGACUUCAUAUUCUUUAGAUCCACAACAUAGUUCAGAGAACAACUUCGUAUUUUAUACAUCGAUGUGCGUAAUCUGGAAGUCGAAUUCGCACUCUUGAAUUUGCCGUUGAUGGAGAAUUCAACUCCUUCAACGGCAAACGAAUUCAUAACGAAUAUUUUGCUGCUGUGCUCAUUAUAUCAACUUCAAAUUCAUCGACUUCAUACUCUAUUGACCGUCUACAUAACCCUUAGAUCGAUUUCAUACUCAAGAAAAUAAUUUCAAACUGUAAAAGUGAACUCUAUGGAUCUCAAGUCGGUCUUCUCAUCUACUUUUUACUUAAUAUAUUACUUCAUAUUCAAUAGGUCAAUUCUUUUUUUCUUCCCAAGAUCAACAUCGUGUUUAGGCUGACUUCAUACUCUACAAAUCGACUUCAAACCCUAGUUGUCGAUUUAGUACUCAAAAUUUUACCUUCCUACUGUAUCAGUGGACCUUCUACUCCAUACAUUAAUAGACUACAUAAUCCCUAGAUCGACCUAAUAUUUCAUAAAACGACUUUAUGGAUUGAUUUAAUAGUCUAAAAAUUUUGAAAUCAGCACCAUCAGCAAAAGAAGAAUUCGUACUGAUUUUUUUUGGCUCUACACUCCAUAAGAUAACUUCAUAAGAAAUGCAUCAAUCGAGUCAAUAUAGCCAUGAAAAUAUGAAUAGCCCAUAGGGCGAUUACAUACACAAGAAAUCGAAUUCAAACGUUUUAAGUCAUCUUUAUACACCUCAAAAUGGCCCUAUAAACCCUACUUCAUACUCAAUAAAUCUUCUUUAUGUUGAAUAGGCCUUGUUAUAGUUCAAACAUAAAAAGACUACAUAUUCCCUAGAUGAGCAUCAAAAUCUAUAGGUUGAUUUCAUACUCUAUAAGUCGUAUUCGAAUUCAAUAUUUUCUUCCUAUUGAACUAGCUAACUGUAAAGUCUAUAACUUAGAUAAACUUCAUAUUUCAAAGAACUAUUUCGUACUCUACAAGUCGACUUCAUAUUAUAUAAAAUAACUAAAAAUUGUUGAAAUCAACCCCAUUAACAUCAAGUCGAAUUUACACUGAAUCUUUUGGUUCUACACUCGUUAGACGGCUUUAUAUUGAAACGGUCAAUGUAAUACACCAUGCAUUAAACGACUGCAUAUUCCCUACAUAAGCAUCAUAGUAUAUUGGUUGUUCGAUACUUUAUAAGCUGACUUCAUACUCUUGAACCAAUGUCAUACUCUCCAAGUCAUUUUUUUAAAUUUUAACAUGGGCUAUAUAUUUCAUUGGAGGAAUUCCUACACAAUACGUUGUCUCCCUACUUAAUAGAUCAAAUUCAUACUCUUCUUCUUGAUUAAGGAAAUACAUAUGUUCGAAGAAGAUAUCUUCACCGGGUCAAUUUCAUACUCUGGAAAUUGACUUCAGCCAGCUUCAUACACUAUUUAUAAUAAAAACAAUAAAUCAGUUUCAGAAUCCAAAUGAUGACUUCAUCAUUUGUACAUCAAUUUCAAAUUGAAAUUAACAUACUUCCAUUAAUAAUUCGUAGGAUGCUCAUAAAGUUGUUCGUUCUAUUAAUUCUAAGAUCAAUUAGAAGUACAUUAUAUAACUUCAAAAUAAUAUAUUUUUCAUCUUAGGUUGGUUUUAUUGUCUUCUAAAUCGUUUGAAUAAAAAUCAAUUUGUAAUAUAGAAGCCAUUAAGCUUAUAAUUGAAUCGGACGGCACUCAUUGAUAUGUAAGAAAGUAUGUCCCUGUUACUUUGAGGAAUGUUCUGGGCGGAUUUGCUUUUCCAAUAUAGAAGCCAAUCAAAAAGUUUCUGAUUCCACUUUACAUUUUAUUAGACAAGUUCAUAAAAAAUCUCAACUCCCCCAAUCAGUACAAUAUUCUAACUGUUGCACUGAUUGAUUGAUUAAAAGUUUCAUUUUUUUCUUCAUUAUUUUGAGAAGCCACAAACUCCCUUUGUGCCUGCUUUUAUAAGGAUGUGUAAACAAUGCCAAAAAAACAGCAUUGAUUUUAGUUUAUACUCUUAUCAGUAAAACAAUAUUGAUAGCGAUUUACAUAAACAAAAUAUCUCAUAUGCAGUCAUAUAUAUAAAUAGAAAAAAAUCCAUUAAGAUUUUCAUUUAUUUUAGUUCCUCUUAGAAAUUUGCAAUUAUUAGUUUUUUUUUAAUUUUAAUACAUUUUUUUAAUUUUAAUAUUUUUUUUUUUUAAAUAUAUUAUAUAUAAGUUUUCAUUAUAUUAUUUUUUUAUAAGUUUCUCACUCUAUUAUUGGCAGCUACAAAGAUAUUUUAAUAUUUUUUUUUAUCAAACGAUACAAAAUCUAAACAAAGAAAAAAAUAUGAGAAACAAAAUCAUAAAAAAAUAUUUUAGUGAAAAACGUAGACAUAUCCUUGAUAUAUACAAUAAAAAAAAACCCAUACAAAUAAUUGAAAAGUAAUGAAAAUUUUGGAAAACAAAAAAAUCAACUAAAUAUUUAAGUGAAUAUUCAAAAAACCAAAAAAAAAUUAUUAAAAAAGUUUUUUUUUUGUACAAAAAUUAAUUUUCUGUUUGGUAAAAAAAUCAAGAAUUUAUUCAAAAAGCAAUCUACUAUAUUUUUAAAAAGAACUCUAGAAGAAAAGUAUAUAUAAAAAAACUCAAGCGAAAUUCUAGAAAUUUUUCAUAAAAUCAAAAAGAUUUUUUUCUUCCUAUUCUCUUUGGGUUUUCUUCAAAAGUCUACACGCAAUUAACAAAAAAAAAAAAAACAUAGAUGUAUGAGUGUGUUCAGAAAAGAAAACCAUCAAGAAAACACAAAGUAAGAACAUGUAAUUUUAUAUAAGACAGCUACUUUAAAUAUACAAAAGAAAGAAAAAAUGUGAGAUUUCAUUAAAAAAAAACAAGAAAACAAAAAGCACAUACAAAUGCUCAAAUUAUUAUUAUUAUAAAUAUAAUUAUAUUUUAAACAAAACAAAAGGAAAUUAAAAGCCAUAAAUAUUAUAAAUAUACUUCUUAACUAUUAAGCUAAUGACAUAACAAUUGUGUAUCUUCCUCCUCCUUCAACAAAACCCAACACUUUCAUCUCCCACUUCUUAUCCUACUCCUGCUCCUCCUCAAAUUUAUUAAGAAGGAAACAGUUAAGAAAUUAAUAUUUCUCUCAGUGUGUUAUAUUUUUCUUUAAUGUAUGAAUGUAUAACGAAAACCAAACCUUUGUGUGUGUGUGUGUUUUAUUGUGCAAUUGUUUAUAUGUACAAACAUACAUAUAUAUACAUACACAAAGUAAUAUGGAUGUAAAAAUUUGAAAUUUAAUGUAAUUUGAUUUCAGCAACAAACCAAAAUUAAGCACUUUUUCAAAAGUAGCACAUCAAUUAAACUUCCCAAAUGAAAAAAAACCAAAUGAAAAGUAAUUUGAAUAACAGAAAAAUAACAACAAAUAAUUGCAUAUAUUUCACAUUCAAUCAAAAGUUAGAAGAAUUAUUGUAGGCUUACAACAUUUUAAUCAUGUCUUGUUUUUUUCGUUUUGUUUCAAACAACAAACAACACAUUGCUGAAUUUACAACAACUAAAUUUAAUAGGAAGGACAUUCAAAGGCUUAUCAGUUUUUCAAUAAAAUAUUGUUGUUGUAUUAAAGAAAUAGUCACUACAACAGUUAAACUGUCUAGUAUGGUCUUUAGUUGAGUUUUUUUGAAGGAUUUCUUCAUAUUUACGGAAAAAAUGUCAUAACAUGAAACAUGCCGCUUUAUACCAGUCUUAAACUGUUUAAUUGUAAACAGUCUUAUUUUGUCAUAACAUAGAACCUACCACUAUAUACUACUCAUAUUUUUCUUUGGAAGAACAUUAGAGAUUAGUUUAAGAAGAAAAGAAAUGUUGUUCAACUCAUGGUUUUGCAUCUAGAUGUUCUUUACAAGACCAAUUUCGCUUUACUUUUUUUGUCUUCAGUCAUUCUGUUCACCACCAUUAAAAGUAAACACUUAACUCACUGCUCCAUGCCAAGGAGGGAAAAUACAAAAUGGUACUAAAAAGGUACUUUUGGGACAGAAAGAGAACUCUUAAAUUUUACAUAAAGACAUCAAGAAUCUUGGAGUGCAGGUAUACAGAAUAUAUCUCUGGAAAACUUCUUCCUUACCGAUUAGAGAUUACACCAAUUUCGCUUUGCUUUUAUCUUCAAUCAUUCUGUUCACCAAAAUUAAAAGUAAACACUUAACCCACUACCCCAUGCCAGGGGUGGAAAAUGCAAAUUUUAAAAUGGUACUAAAAAGAACAUAAAGAGAAGUUUUAGGUUUUGCAUAAAGGUUUCACAAAUAUUGGAGUGCAGUUAUACAAAAUAUAUCUCUGGAAAACUUCUUGCUUGCCGAUUACAGAUUACACAAUGUGUGAUAAAAAUUUAUGUUAUGAAACCCCCAAAAGAGUUUUGGUUCUCAGAUCAUACAUUUUUUAAGUGUCAGUGUCAUCAUGUAACCGAAGUAGAAGGCCGCCACCGUUGCGCAAUGGUUAGCAUUUUUUUAAUGUAUCUAGGUGUCACUACGAAGUGGUGUCACUAUACGACUCGCCAUUUCAACUCCGCACAUUGGUGAGCUAAAACUUCAAUCGGACUGCACUCUGUAAUAAGGGAGAAGUAUCCCUUGUACUAGUCAUUGCACUUAAAAUUGAAUCGGACAGCACUCACUAAUUUGUGAGAAGUUUGUCCCAGUUCCUUAAUGGAAUGUUCAACGGCAAAUUUAAAAUUGGCAUCCCUUGUACCUUAAUGGAAGCCGAAGACUAAGGGAUUGCGAUAUGUCCGAGAUAUACAUAUAUCAGAGAUGCAAAUGCAAAUUUCGCCCAUUAACAUUCCACUAAGGAACAGGGGCAAACUUCUCACAUAUCAAUGAGUGCAGUCCGAUUCAAGUUUAAGCUCAAUGAUAAGGGGCCUCCUUUUUAUAGCCGAGUCCGAACGGCGUGCCGCAGUGCG